GGUAGAAAGAAGCUAGCAAUGUCUGACACUGGGGAAAUCAUCAAAACUCUUGGAGACUUUGGGCGUUUCCAAUGGCGGUUGUUGGUGCUCGUGACUCUAGCCACGCCAAGCCUCGCCUUCCAUAUGUUUUCCCAGUUGUUCAUGGUCCUGGAAGAGCCCCAUCAUUGCAACACAAGCUGGUUCAAUGCCAUCGGCUUGAACCUGACUGAAGAGGAACGGCUGAACUUGACCCUUCCCAAAAAGCCCGAUGGGACAUUUGAAGAAUGUCUCAUGUACACUCCAGUGGACUGGGAUCUCGAUGCCAUCCUGCAAUAUGGACUUAAUUCUACCGAAAAGUGUCGGCGUGGGUGGGUUUAUCCUUCAAACCAAGAGCCUUCCUUGCUCACACAGGUUUGGAAAUUUUGUUGUACCCUUCUGAAUCAUUUGCUUGCAUUUUCCCCUAAGUUAUUUAUUAAUUUAUAUACUGUUGUAAAUAAAAACAUGCCCUUUUCCCUAAUGGGGUAUCCAAGAGCCCAUAUAGAGUCCUUACAUUGGUAGGAGAAAAUAACAGAGGCCAACCAGAGAAUAUUGAGAAGCAAAGCAGCUAGUAAGCUUGAUCUUUAUUGAUCUGUUGCAACAGGGUACUCCCCUCACACGCAGGAGAGGAGGAGACCCCCCAAAAUGCUAUGCAAGGGCUUAUUAAGACUUUUGAAAUUCCCAUCCUCUAGAUCAAGACCACCCCCAGAAACAUUAUGCAUUCAUCGCAGAAGGGGUGUAACCUAAGACCACCCCUCAGAUAAGGCGGUCUAAAACAGAACAUUUGCAUGUUGUUUUCUCCUGUCGCUUUGUUUAUUUCCUGUCUGGCAGGUUACUUGAUUGGAUUUCUUGGGGAGCCUUGGCAGUCUUUUGUAAUGAUAAGGCUCACACCCUUAUUCAAACACAGAUUAAGACAGGAUUUGUGAAGGAAGAGACAAUGGGGAGGCUUUUCCAUUUUUACCAUGCAGAGAAACAUUUGCUCAGUUUAGGAAUCAAAAUGGUUCCAGGUUGGCUUUCCUGUGCUGAUCUAUGUACGUGUGGUUAUAAACGUUGCCAUAUAUCUAAAACCAUAAAAUUCCUAUCACAAUACCAAUUAUAUAUGCCAAAAUGGCUUCUAAGCAGUCUAUAUACCCCUGUCUCCUUCCCUUCGUGGAUCCCAAGGCAACCUACAUUUCUGUCCCACUGUGAUGGGGUCUCCCAUCCAGGCACUCGUCCAGGCCUGGAUCUUCUUAGCUUCGACAAGGUGGUGGCCUCAUGGGUCUUCAGACCAUAUGGCAGGACCGCAGUCCAGCACUUUUAUCCUGCGCAGGCAGCGCCUUGCAAUGUCUCUUCGCAAGAAAUGCAAGGAAGCAGACAUUACGAAGUGUACAUUCCUGAAGGUGAUUUUUUGAACCGUUAGAAGUGACGGCAGCAGCGACUGAUUUUGGUUUAUUUCUUUAUAUAAGAUUGUCCCAGCAUACGUCAUGCUUCAGAGAAGCCUAUUUAGACAUAAAGCAGUAUAUUAAUGGCAGUGGCGAUUUAUUGCUAGAGGGUUGACAGCCACACGGCCUGGUCGAUAGUUUCCUUCGGUGUGUAAAACAUCACUCUUGUCCUACUCCUCUAGCUCCUUUUGGGAAGAGUCCCUAAUUGUGUGUCUAGACCCCGCAUUCACCCCCUCGUAAAGAAUUAAGACACCAGGACACAGAUAUUAUGUUAAUGUUAUUGGGCAAAUUUUGGCCACAACUUUAUUGAUUACAGACUGUGAGCAGUAUUGGCUUAGGCAUUGAAUGAACCUGACUAUAUCUGACUCCUGCCCGUUGCGUAGGGAGUCCGGUAAGGGUAAACCACCAGAAAGGGGAGCCCCGUCGAUGCAGAACAACUCGAGCUCCCCCAGAUGUUCCCGUUGGGGUCGUGUCAUGGCCCUAGUCCCGCCCUGGGCUUCGGACAAGAUCCACACCCCCGGAUUCCUUUAACGGAAUACCCUUAAGCUUGGAGGGGCAGGUGAUGGCCACACCUCCCUCAUAAGGUCAGACAAUGCCUAACCGCAAAACCUUACAAAGUUGUGACGAUUGCUACGAGGUAGGCGAAAACCAAAUGGCCCCUUGCCAGUUUUGCCAAGUGGAAAAAUUCCUACCAGGCCCCUCAACGGCGACCAACUGAGGUCCAUAGCAAGGCCAAUGCAGAAAACCUGUAAAAUAGGGAGGGAGUUUGAAGAAGCGAGCUAAGAGGAAGCCCUCCAGCUCACGCCCCAGCUUAAAUGGUCCCGGCCACGCCCCCCAGCCACCAGAUUGGCCAGCUGGACGAUGACGUGGCCGGGAUUCCCCAGGUAACACGGGACUUCGUCCCCCGCCCCCGGAGGAGAGUGGGUGGCCACGUGGUCCACUGCAACUCCUCCCCACAGUGAAGUGGAGCGGACUUCACAGCUUUUGAGACUUCCUUGCACGUCCACCUCUGGCCUUUUGAUGCCAGCGCUACCAAAUCCCUGUUCCUUGGAAUAUAGGAAGAGCGCUUUAGAAUCAGGCUAAAUAAAGUCUGUUCUUCCAGUGGCUAACCACUGGAGGCAAUCUUUUGCCAUCAUGAUUAGUAGUCCGUGGUUGUCCUAUUCUCCAUUAGUUUGUCUAAUCCCCUUUUCCACAGUCUAGCCAUGCAAGCAUUGUGUAUGGUACCAGAUACCUCAUUUUGAGCACAGUGAAGUUUCAGGAUGUGGUGCCUGUUGCAUUUCACAACCUCACAAUUCAGAGCCAUUUCACUUCCACACCUGUAGCCAUAGGCGCCGACUCCUGUUAAACAUCUUAUGAACCGCCCUGAGAUCUUCGGACAACAGGCAGUAUAUAAAUUUAAUUAACAACAACAACUCCCAACCCCAGUGCCUGCCCCACGGAUGAUGCUAAAUCACAAUUUGGCAACCCUAAGUGUUUUUGCAAGCCAGGGAAAGUGUAUUGCUUUGCAUUCAUUUCUUUGUCUUCCUGUCUAUUUCCAGCUCCCUCCCACCAAAUUAUGAACUUUAAAUUAAAACAGCAGCAUCAUUUUUCAGGCAAGUAAAAACGGUAAAUGCAAUGGCCGCUAUCAAAAAAAUAUUUGUGUGUGCGCGCGCACACACACAUAAUUAAAAUUAAAAGCAAAUUGAAUUUAAAAAAUCACCCAAAGUUACACCACAAAAGGAACUUAAUUCACAUUCAAUUCACUUGGAAAUUAUAGGUGCAAUUCAGGUGUUUAAUUCAGUGAAUUAGUUAACCUGAAUUAGUUCAUUGCAAGAUCUGAAUGGACCUUGGUUGAAGAGCCCUGGUCUCCACUGAGUGCUCCACAGGUUUUUUGGGUUUACUAUCUGGAGAUGUUAGGGAUUGAAUCUAGGUCUUUCUGCAUACAAAGCAGCUGUUCUACCAAUGAGUUCUGGUCCUUCCAAUUAAAAAUAGCAGGUUUGUAUUCUUGGACAGCUGUUAGUGCAGGCAACAGAGGGUUAGGAGUAACCCCUUGGUUGAAAAGUUUCUUAUGUACAAGCCUUGGCUACUGAAAAGAUGUGCCCAUUGUCAAGGUGCAAGUUUCAUUCUUUCCCUCUCCUAAUUCCCUUCAAGUAAAGUGGUUUUCCUUUUCUUUCCUUAAGUUUGACCUGGUAUGUGACUGGGAAGAUUUAAACGACAUCUCACAAUCUAUUUACAUGCUGGGCCUUCUCGCUGGAGCGCUGGUGUCUGGUCUGUUAAGUGACCGGUAAGAGAGAAAAUAUAAGGGGCGGCAGGCUGGGAAAGUGUUGCCGUUUAGAAAUGUGGUCAGCCAGCAGGAGAUUCCUGCCCAUCCCCAAAAACCAGCUUCAGAAGGAUUUUACCCAGGACAGUAGCAGGGGAGGAAUGGGUUAAAUUCCCUGCUACUUUCCUGCCUGCUUGUAAUUAUUAGAUUCCCCAAGCUUACGCAACUUGCAUUUUUUAGAAACCUGCUCCUUACAUGCAAAAUAAAUAAAUGCAUUUAACUUUGCAUGUAGCUUGGUCCUUAGAGCGCAGUGGUGUUUUAUAAAUGGGUAAAAGUGAUUGUGGCACUGCUGCCUGUGUCACCAGACUCGUAAAGUCUACCACAAGCACAAAACCAGAGACAGUGGAGAGGUGUGGCCAUGAAACUCAGGAGGGUCAUUGGGUUUAUGACAUUUAUCUACAAAGUUUAAAGCACGCGAGAUAAACUAUUCUCAGUAGUAUAAUUUGUGAUAACAUGGCCAUCAUUGCAAGGCUAGGAAGGUUUAACCCACGUAGUAGGAGACACAUCCCUAGUCUCAGUUAAAACCUCAAUGGACAGAGUCAAAUUUUAUGACGAAUGGUUACAUCUGUAGUUUCAUGAUGGGGUUUGGGGCGUGUCUUCAACAGCAACAAAACAACGGCUUCUAAGCCAGUACAGUGGUACCUCGGGUUAAGAAUUUAAUUCGUUCUGGAGGUCCGUUCUUAACCUAAAACUGUUCUUAACCUGAGAACCACUUUACAUGGGGCCUCCCGCUGCCGCCGCGCGAUUUCUGUUCUUGUCCUGAAGCAAAGUUCUUAACCCGAGGUACUAUUUCUGGGUUAGUGGAGUCUGUAACCUGAAGCGUCUGUACCUGAAGUACCACUGUAGAAGAAGUGAAAUGACAAUAUCACAAUAAAUGCUAGUUUUUAAAGAUACCACAAUACAGUGGUACCUUGGGUUAAGUACUUAAUUCGUUCCUGAGGUCCGUUCUUAACCUGAAACUGUUCUUAACCUGAAGCACUACUUUAGCUAAUGGGGCCUCCUGCUGCCGCUGCUCCGCCGCUGUACAAUUUCUGUUCUCAUCCUGAAGCAAAGUUCUUAACCUGAGGUACUAUUUCUGGGUUAGCGGAGUCUGUAACCUGAAGCGUAUGUAACCUGAAGGGUACGCAACCCAAGGUACCACUGUACUCUGAUCCUUUCUGCCGCAGCAGACAUAACAGGAUGUUUCAUAGAUGAGCAAGCUCCCUCUGGCUUUUAGCAAUGGCAUAUUGUCAUUGUUGUCAUGCAUAUAAUAGGAAACUCAGGAGCAGAAUCAUGGCUGCUACGUAGCUACUGAGAAAAAAGAGGAAGAUGCAGGGAGACCGUAAGGUUCAUAGAAGCAGGGGGGUAGAUAUAGGGGGACCUAAGGGGGCACCCCCAGUGACGACUGAGCUUGCACAGUGGCCAUACAAUGUUGUAUGAUGGGGAAGACUGGGAGGAGGGAAUGGAGUAUCUUGGGAAAGGUAUGACUGGCUGGUACCCUAAACACCAGUGACGUCUGUUUGCAGGUCCCACGUUUUGCAAAUCCCAGUGUUGUAAACAAAAUCUGCCCUUUUCCCCUUAUAGGGUAUCCAAGAGCCCAUAUAGAGUCCUUACGUAGGUUCCCUAUUGGUAGGAGAAAAUAACAGAGGCCAACCAGAGAAUAUUGAGAAGCAAAGCAGCUAGUAAGCUUGAUCUUUAGUGAUCUGUUGCAACAGGGUGCUCCCCUCACCCGCAGGAGAGAGGAGGGACCCAGAACAAUGGCGCGCAAGGCCUUAUAUAGACAUUUUAAAUUCCCUGCCCUGGAGCUCAAGACCACCCCUCCAAACAUCAUAUCUACAUCACAGAAAAGGUGUUGUUGUUUUCCUGUCAGCCAGGUUAUCUGAUUGCCUUUCCUGAUUGUCACCCAUUAAAUUGCUGAUUACUCAGUUCCUGAGACAAUGGGAAGGCUCCCUGACCCCCCUCCCUCCUUGCAGAGAAAACAUUUGGGAAUCAAAAAUGAUUUCAGGUUGGUCUUCCUGUGCUGAUCUAUGUAAGUGCCUGGUUGGUACACUUAUGAACAUUUAACAUAUAUCUAAAAUGCAGGUGUCACUGUGGGUUAAACCACAGAGCCUAGGGCUUGCUGAUCAGAAGGUUGGCAGUUCGAAUCCCUGUGACGGGGGGAGCUCCCGUUGCUCGGUCCCUGCUUCUGCCCACCUAGCAGUUCAAAAAGCAUGUCAAAGUGCAAGUAGAUAAAUAGGUACUGCUCCGGCGGGAAGGUAAACGGCGUUUCCAUGCACAGCUCUGGUUCGCCAGAAGCGGCUUAGUCAUGCUGGCCACAUGACCCGGAAGCUGUACGCCGGCUCCCUCGACCAAUAAAGCGAGAUGAGCGUCGCAACCCCAGAGUCGGUCAUGACUGGACCUAAUGGUCAGGGGCCCCUUUACUUUUAAGACCUCAAAAUUCCUAUCACACCAGUAUACAAGGCAAACAUCUGGAAAUCAGGAGUAGCACUUGGGGGAGGUUGGGAGUAUGUAAGUUACACCAGCCUCUGCCAAUGUGGUGCUCCCAUCAUCCCUAAUUGCCGGUCCUGCUGGCUGGGGCUAAUGGGCUCCCAGAAACAUCUCCCCUUUCAUCCCUCUACUAAAGAGCGCAGCUGGAGACCAAUGUCCUUGUGCCCAGGGAUUUUUGUGCCUGCCUCCUGUUUUCUGCUACUGUCUUAGGACAGGGAAAGCCCCCCCAAAGCAAUGUGAUGGCAAAAUGCGCUUUCCCCUCUCUCAGGUUUGGUCGGCGGCCAAGUCUUCUGUUGUCCAUGCUCAUCGAAGGCGUGUUUGGGGUUGCUACGGCCUUUGCUCCCAAUUUCCACCUCUACAUUGCGUUCCGAUUUCUUGUGGGUGCUUCUGUUUCCGGAGUCGUGAUAAGCAGUUUAGCUUUAGGUAAGAUGUACACAAACGGCUUUACAAAAUAGAAAGGGAAGCCUAGUCUCUGGGUUCCUCUUUGGGCAAAUGAGGCCCUCAAUACCAUUCUACCUGGCCUUCGGAAAUCUCUCCAUGCCACCGCACUUGCUGAUUGUUCUUUGUGUGGUGUGUGGUUAUUUUUAUCAUGUUUAUUAUGAAUAUUCAUUACUCGCUGCCUUGCGAGACAUCCUCAGGGGAUGAAAAGGCUAUGGAGUAAAUGCUACACAAAUCUGGAGUGCAGUCCCUAAGACAGUUGGGUGGCAACUUCUGCAGCCAAGAUCAAGAGUGGUGUUUAUGCUCCGAAUAGCUUCACAUUUCCGAGAGCACAGCAUUCUGAGUCUUAAGUAUGGCUUUUGAAGACAGAUAUACCAGACUCUCAUGUGAGCAGAAGCGAUAGCUCAAUGGUCAAGCCUUGUGCUUUGCAUGUAGAGGAUCCAAGGUUCAGUUCCUGACAUCUUCAGACAAAAGGACCAAAUAGCAGGUGAAGGUGAAGAUCCUUCUCUACCUGAGGCCCCUGGUUGCUGCUGCCUUUCGGAAGUCCGAAGCCCUCCAGAGGGACCAAUAAUCUGAUCUUGCAUCAAGCAGCUUCAUUUGUUCCAUUUGUGAUGCACACUUGUUAGAACAAAAGACCUGGGCCCUGGGCCCUUCCAGGGUUGUUGGACUACAGCUCCCAUCAUUGGCCAUUCUUGCUGGGGUUCAUGGACGUUGGGGUCCAUCCAUGUCUGGAGGGCACCAUGUUGUUCAACCUUGACCUAGGUUCUUUGUAAGCCCUGGUGAUCUUCCAAUAGUUGAGGCUUUUUUCCACAGAGCUAUGCAAAAUAAACCCCAGACUGACAGUUGGCCAGCCCUUUGUCAACCUUGUCCCAUUGGGGAGAUAAGAAGCCGUCCAAGUUCAGUUGACCUAGGGCAGUGAUGGCCAAACUUGGCUCUCCAGCUGUUUUGGGACUACAAUUCCCAUCAUCCCUGACCACUGGUCCUGUUAGCUAGGGAUGAUGGGAGUUGUAGUCCCAAAACAGCUGGAGAGCCAAGUUUGGCCAUCUCUGACCUAGGGCAAGGUUUAUUACCCACUAUAUGCUGCCCUGGGGACACAGGUGGCGCUGUGGGUUAAACCACAGAGCCUAGGACUUGCUGAUCAGAAGGUCGGCAGUUCGAAUCCCCGUGACGGGGUGAGCUCCCGUUGCUCGGUCCCUGCUCCUGCCCACCUAGCAGUUCUAAAGCACGUCAAAGUGCAAGUAGAUAAAUAGGUACCGCUCAGGUGGGAAGGUAAACGGCGUUUCCGUGCGCUGCUCUGGUUCAUAGAAUCAUAGAAUAGAAUCAUAGAAUCAUAGAAUCAUAGAAUCAUAGAGUUGGAAGAGACCACAAGGGCCAUUGAGUCCAACCCCCUGCCAAGCAGGAAACACCAUCAGAGCACUCCUGACAUAUGGUUGUCAAGCCUCUGCUUAAAGACCUCGAAAGAAGGAGACUCCACCACACUCCUUGGCAGCAAAUUCCACUGUCGAACAGCUCUUACUGUCAGGAAGUUCUUCCUAAUGUUUAGGUGGAAUCUUCUUUCUUGUAGUUUGGAUCCAUUGCUCCAUGUCCGCUUCUCUGGAGCAGCAGAAAACAACCUUUCUCCCUCCUCUAUGUGACAUCCUUUUAUAUAUUUGAACAUGGCUAUCAUAUCACCCCUUAACCUCCUCUUCUCCAGGCUAAACAUGCCCAGCUCCCUUAGCCCAGAAGCGUUCGCCAGAAGCGGCUUAGUCAUGCUGGCCACAUGUAAAGCGGUCAGUAAAGCGAGAUGAGCGCCGCAACCCCAGAGUCGGCCACGACUGGACCUAAUGGUCAGGGGUCCCUUUACCUUUACCUAUAUGAUGCCCUAGGAAUAGGUUUUUUAAUGGCUUUCCAUCUGGAACAAUAUUUUAGUAAAUCACAGCUGAAUGUAUGUGUGUGAACAAUCACAGCUGAACAUCCAAGGCAAGUGCCCUACAUAAUAGCUGCGAAAUCUCUUUGCACUACCAGCAGGAAAAAUCAAGAGAGGGUUUUGUGGAACUGAAUGCAACUUGAAACCAAAACUUUAAAUUUUGAGACUGCCCUGUCAAAAGCUGUUUUUAAAAAAAUAAUUAAAGCUUUAUUCAUAUGAUUAGUUUUUUGUUAUGCUUUGAAAUCAAUUUCUCCUAACCACCUGUAGCUACAGAAUGGGUUGGAAUUGUCUACCGUCCACAUACGGUGAUUUUCAGCCAUGCAGCCUUUUCCGUGGGGCAGAUGAUCCUGGCUGGCCUGGCUUAUGCCUUUCGCGACUGGAGGACGCUGCAGCUUGCUGGAUCUGCUCCAGUUUUUGCCCUCUUCUUCUACCUGUGGUGAGCACUGGAUCAGAAUGUGACAAGUCCCAGAGACAAGCCCCCACCCACCCACCUAUUUUUCAUUUGAAGUGGUGUUUUGUUUUGUUUUUACCCUGCCUUCCGCAAGAGCCCCAAGGUGGCUUACAAUGAAAACAGGUACAUUGCAGAGGGUUGGACUAGAUGACUCAUGGUGUCUCUGCCAACUCUACCAUUCUAUGAGUUGGACUUGCAGCAGUAUCUCUCUCUGUCUCUCUCUCUCUCUCUCUCUCUCACUCACUCACACACACACACACACACACACACACAUUUUUAUUGAUUUUUUUAAUAUAUCAGUUCCAACAGUCACACAACAUAUCUUCUCAUCUUAUACAAUAUUUUAGACUUCCAUCAACAUCUCUGAUGAUUUUCCGUUCUUUAUCACUUAUUCUGCACUUUUUAAUUUCUAUAUUGCAUUUAAUUGUCCUUAACUAAUCAUUCUUUUCAUAGUCUUUCUUGUAAUAUUUCAAAUAAUCCACCUUACAAAACUUCUUGCAAACCUACUAGCGUAAUCCGUUCAUCACAAUUACUGGAGUUCAUAUAUUUACUCCAGUCCUCUAAGAAUCUCUGAUCCCGCAGGUUUCGAAUCCUUCCUGUUAAUUUAUCUAAUUCUGCAUAGUCCGGACUUGCAGCAGUAUAUCAAGGGUUCCAGCCUGCUAUGCUGUCUGCCAGGUCACCGUACCAUUCUUGUUUUGUUUUGUUUUUAGUAGGGAUGUAAUGGACUGCCCUGAAUUUGCUUGCCUGUUGGAAUAUUUCUCAGGAUCCUUCCUGAAUCUGCUCGGUGGCUGGUGACCAAAGGAAAAACAGAAGAAGCCAAGAAGCUUCUCCAGAAGGCAUCUUCUGUCAACAAGCGAGCCAUCCCACUGAAGCUGUUAGAUGAGGUAAGAAGCCGGGCGUUGUAGCCAGCUAUUCUUUGCAAAAAUAUCAUUUAUUUCACCUAGUCCAUAUUGUUUUGUGCACCCCAAUCUCAGAAUGGUGAGAGAUUUCAGGGGUGCCAGACAUAUCUUGGGCUAAUUACUUGCACCCCUCCCCCCACAAAAAAUAGCUAACUUCAGUUUUCAAAAGCAGAUGCCUUGUACAAAAAAUGAAAAGCACAAAAUUUGAAACUGAUAAAUGUAUUUUAAAUUGCUGAAGUCGCCUACUUGUAGCAUCAAAAAAUUGGAUCCUUAGGCAUGGCCUGGGGAAUGGAGCUCUAUGGCUCUAGGAUGAAGUCAGAGAGGCAAAGGUAGCUCAGUAGUAUUUGCCAUACAGCCUAGACUGUCUUUUCAUCUAAUCCAGUGGUUGGGAAUUUGUUGCACUCUAGAUAUUGGUUGGGCAACAUCUCCCAUUGGCCCUGACUGCCAGCCUUGCAGCCUGGGGCUAGCAGAGGGCCGCAGAAUCACCAUUCCUGUCUUACCGUGUACUUAAGCUCAAAAGAAAAGAAACACAGUCGUACCUUGGUUUUCGAACAGCUUAGUUCAUGAACAACUUGGAACUCGAACGCCGCAAACCCAGAAGUAGGUGUUCCGGUUUGCAAACUUUGCCUCGGAAGCAGAACAUCUGGCACGGCUUCCGCAGCUUCUGAUUGGAUGCAGGAGUGUCCUGCACCAAUCAGAAGCUGUGCCUUGGUUUCCAAACGUUUCAGAAGUCGGACGGACUGCCGCAACGCAUUCUGUUUGAAAACCAAGGUACGAUUGUGGAUAACACUUUCCCCAUGCUACAAGCAAAUGAAUCUAGCCAAGCCAUCCCGACUCCUUAGCAGCCUCCAUUGCGCAAAUCAUGUUUACCCCUAACUUCCACAAAACCUUGUCCAGCUGAGAAGGUGAGUGGACAGGAACCAUGGAUGAGCUGGGCAGGAACUGCGCUUCUUUCUGGUCGCCGCAAAGCCCAACAGAAUACCUGCCAAGUGCCCUGGGAAAAAUGGGACAUCUGAGGUUUUCUGUGAGAGAUUGCGGUGGCCAUUUUCGGUGUCACGUGCUCUCACACUGUGUUCUCACCCCCAAAAGCGCUUUUGGGGGGGGCAAGGGCAAGGAAUGUGUCUCCAGAAGUUGGGCAGUGUGCUAAAGGGACACAGAUAUGGCCAACACUGUUUGGGUGGUCCAUAACUAUAGUUUGGUUUUGAUGCAGAAACAACAACAACAACAAAAAGUGACCUGAGAUGGGCUUUCCAGAAAGCAAGAGAUUGCAAAUGAAGUUAACUUGGUUUCCCCACUCCGUCCUUUCUCUCUUUGUUUUCACUUUCAUGUCUUGCAAAAGCUGAAACCUGAAAAGACCGUGUCUGCAGGCAUUUGGGAACUGUUUAGAAACCCCCACAUGGGGAAGGUGACUUUCGUCCUAUCAGCAGUCUGGUAAGCCUGUUAUCUAUUGUUACUUUAUUUGCAGUAGUACAUUUGCAGGCCAAAGGUGCAAAGUUUCUGGCCUCUGCUCUGUAUGCAGAAGGUUCCCUUUUCAAACUCCGCUAUCUCCAGGUGUGGCUGGCAAGGACGCUACCUGAAACCCCAGAGUGUCACAGCCAUUGUGUGGACAAUACUGAGUCAGAUGGACCAGAUAUCCAACUUGGCGUAUUUCCUAGAUCUGAGAAUGGGAUUGGGAAGACUACCUACCCGUGAUGGGCAAAAGGGCCAAUGAUUUGAUUACACAGAAAGCAUCUUCAUACAUUUUGUCUCCUUUUAUAUUAUCCUAUUCAUACAUUGGCCCACACUGAAAGAUCAGCGUCUGUAAUUUGCCCAAAAUACAUGCCCUUUUCCAAGUCGCAUUUCCAAAACGAUCUGCACUCCCAUCCAUGUGGGUUAGAAAAUGUUAAUGGAAAAAUCCGAGGGCUCCCUUAGACAAAAACAAAGACACCAACCAGGAUAACUUGGAGCAAAACAGCAGCCUGUAGGUUUGGCUUUUAUUGAUCUGUUGCAACAGGGUGCUCCCCUCACCCGCAGGAGAGAGGAGGGACCCAGAAAAAUGGUGUGCAAGGCCUUAUAAAGACUUCUGAAAUUGCCACCCUGUAGAUCAAGACCACCCCCAAAAACAUCAUACAUACAUCACAGAAGGGGUGUAACCUAAGACCACCCCUCAGAUACAUCUUACCUACAUCACAAAAAAGGCGGUCUAAACAGAAAUUUGAAUGUUGUUUUUCUCCUGUCGCUGUUUAUCUCCUGUCUGUCAGGUUACUUGAUUGGAUUGCCUGGGGAGCCUGGCCAGUCUUUUGUAAUGAUAAAUACUUAGUUCCUGGGCCAGGUCACAGGCUCACACCCUAUUCAAACACAGACAUACCCUUAAGACAGGAUUUGUGAAGGAAAAGAUAAUGGGGAGGCUUUUCCACUUUGACCUUGCAGAGAAUACAUUUGCUCAGUUUAGGAAUCAAAAUGGCUUCAGGUCGGUCUUCCUGUGCUGAUCUAUGUACGUGCGGUUAUGAACAUUACCAUAUAUCUAAGACCUCAAAAUUCCUAUCACAGAACCUUUUAAAGAAGUUAAAACGGGGUACUGUGAGGAAUCGCAAAGGUGUGUUUUGGGAAGUGCUGUGUGUCCUUCCAGUUUAAAACUUGCCUUACUUUUAAUCAUGGAUAUGGUCUCUUCGCCUUUAGGUUUGUCAGCAGUUUGGCGUACUACGGGUUGAGCUUGAACGUGGGCGGUUUCGGUUUCGAUAUCUACCUGACGCAGGCUAUCUUUGGGGCUGUUGAAAUUCCAGGUCGUCUCUCCUGCAUCUUCCUGGUGCAGUGGCUGGGGAGAAAGAAAUGCCAAUCUUCCGCCUUGCUCCUGGGGGGAGCCUGUUGCCUUCUCAUCGCAGUCAUCCCAAAAGGUGCAUAUCAACCCCUGAAGGGCUAGCAUCCCCCGGGCUAACACUUGCCAAAUUGGCUCUGUUUUAAACCAGUCUUCAAAAAAGGUUCGGGUAAGUGAAGCCAGGCGAUGCUCUGAUUGGAAUCUCAGCUUGCUCCAGCAAGCAGCCGACCCAGGCUGAGCAUUCAGUAGUGCUCCAGUUUCCUCUAAGCAGCAGUGCUGUCUUUGGUGAGUGACAUCUCUACUCUUAUAGGGGCUUAUCAUUCUUCUUCUUCUUCUUCUUAUUAUUAUUAUAAUUUAAUUCAAUGCAUAUACCGUAUUUUUUGCUCUAUAAGACGCACCAGACCACAAGACGCACCUAGUUUUUGGAGGAGGAAACCAAGAAAAAAAAUAUUCUGAAUCUCAGAAGCCAGAACAGCAAGAGGGAUCGCUGCACACUGAAAGCAGCAAUCCCUCUUGCUGUUCUGGCUUCUGGGAUAGCUGCGUAGCCUGCAUUCACUCCAUAAGACGCACACACAUUUCCCCUUACUUUUUAGGAGGGAAAAAGUGAGUCUUAUAGAGCAAAAAAUACGGUACCUCUUAAUGCCAAAAUGAGCUGUUUACAAACUAUAAAAACCACAAAAAGUUAAAAUAUAAAGAUCCCAGAUUAAAAUAUGCCAAAAAAACCCAAUCCCAUUUGAAACCACACAGUAAUUUAAGCAGGAGAUUGAAUUGAGAGAUCAAGGCAAUGCCUGUGGCAACAGAUGCAUCUUCUGAGGCUGGUGGCAUGCCCAUACAGAUGGCGCCUCUUGUAUCCACGGCCUCUUCCCCUGAGAAUGGGUUGUUGAAGCCCUGGGUUGCAUGACAACACACACACACCCUGCUUUUGUUUUUUGGGUUUUCUUUGACAUACAAUCUUUCUUCCCCCAGAUCUGCCUAUACUAGUAACGGUGUUUGCCACCACCGGGAAGUUUAUCAUGUCUGGUUCCUUAUCUAUAUCAUAUGUGUAUUCUGCAGAGCUGUUCCCAACUAUUGUCCGGUGAGGCUUGCUAUGUACUUUAAAAAAUAUUGUGUCUCAAAAACGGGGUGUAUUUAUGCAGAGGGCCUGAAAUAGAGCUUUUUUAAAAAAAAUAAUAAAGAGUUCUAUCAGAUGUAAAGGUUGCAUUUCCAGUUUUUAAACUGGAUAAUUCAUGACCUUUUGCAGUGUUACGAAAUGGAAGUUGCCCAUAUGAGCAGCCAUAGCCAUAGCACCACCCUGUCUGCUCCUUUAAGUUAGCCAGCUGCUCUGUGUAAUUCAAGCACUUGUAGACCGCAAUGGGCUUUGAUGACAAAAUGGUGGAAAGAGAGGGGGGAACUGCUAGGUCUGGAGAACCAGGCUCUCUAGCAAAAUUUGAGAAACGUCACACACCGUCAGGGCUUUUUUUCAGCCGGAGCUCACCAGAGCUCAGCUCCAGCACCUCUCAGGUAGACAUCAUUGCCAUUCUAAAAGAACAAGGAAGACGUUCAUGAUUUUUCUAGAAAAAUAACACUGCAUGUUGUGUUUAUAAACCAACCAUACAAUCAACAAAUGAUUAUAAGUUUAAACUCACAGACUGGGUGAAUGGAGAAGACUGACAGAAACAAGUGAAAUCUCCACCCUCCACUCACAUUCCUACAGAGGUGCCAACUUCUAAAGAGGAUUGCGAGUGCCCAGCGUCACAAGGAGCCAGGGGUAGAGCUGAACGCCCUCUGAACAUUGAGGGGGCCUAAGAGUUUUAAGCCAGUGCUUAUUCCUGCUUCCAAGGGGAGCUGGCUGUUCACAGUGCUUAUUGGCUGUGCCUUGCGGCAAUCCAAAAGCCACUUGGCCUAUAUCCAGGUUUCAGGAAUCUCUAGGGAGAAUGCCAUUUGUGUGGGUUGCCUUUUUACAUCCAUGGGCCCCCUCUGGUUCACAUGGAAGCAGUGCCAUCUCCUGAGCCUGCGAACUACCAUUUUGAUUUCCCGCAGUGCCCCCAAUGCGGCUCCCCUCCAGAGGAUAUAUUGAAUUUUAUUAUUUCGGUCACAGACUAGUUCCAGCCCACAUACAAUAUCAAGGAAGUCAUAAAACACGAUAGGGAUACAUUUGAAUUUGCAAUUAGGUAUAACAGGAACAAUACAGAUACAGCAACAGUUAAAAACUAUAUAAAUUAAAACUUAGUCAUUAACAUAUAACCUAAAAUUAUCAUUUAAAACCUUAAUCAUUAUGAUAGCACAACUUUUUCCCCAAGUUUUAUGGCAAUCGCACAGAAUUUGGCUACCCUUAACGUGAUCUCAGGAUCCUUGUCCUCUACCAGGGAUUUUAGACAUUGAAGUUCGGAUUCAUUUGGAGAUUUUUGCAUAGCAGGGGUGAUAAAUACUGAGUGUAUAUCCGUGUAGAAACGGCAGUGUUACAAGGCAUGAGAGACAGUUUCUACCUCCAUCAAGCCGCAAGGGCAGACUCGUUCAGCGUAUGGUUUACCCUCAAAUCUGCCCUGCAAUAAAGCAGAUGGCAGCACGUUGAAUCUAGCAAGGGUAAAUGUCUCCAGAGGAUUGUGGGAAAGACUCGCCACCCAUGUCUUCCUUCCUUCUCAGGCAGACUGGAGUGGGGUGGUGCCAGACGGCAGCCAGAUUGGCAGGCAUAAUCUCGCCUCUGAUUGGUCUCUUGGACAAGUACCACCCCUCUAUCCCCGUGGUGAUAUUUGGCAGUGCAGCCGUGGCUGGUGGACUCCUUGCUUCCUUGCUUCCGGAGACGUGCGGCAAGGAACUCCCGGACUGCAUGGAUGACAUUGCACACUAUCAGAGGCAAGUCUUGGGGUGGUUCGGAAGACUUGUGCAUUUAUUUAUUCCCUUGCCCUUUUUUUUACAUCCAUGUGUUUGUGCUUGAGCUGUUGACCUGGUUGUGCUUCCUGGCUGUGUGGAGUCCGCAAGGCAGCUAACCGCUUCCAUUAAAACAAUGCAAUGCUAAAGCAACAGUGUUGGGUGAUUUUAAAACACUGUUUUGCGCCUGCCAAGGGCCAAGCAAUUGUUUACAGUCAUUUAUACAUAUGGUUAGGGGACGCGGAUGGCGCUGUGGGUUAAACCACAGAGCCUAGGACUUGCCGAUCAGAAGGUUGGCGGUUCAAAUCCCCGUGACGGGGUGAGUUCCCGUUGCUCGGUCCCAGCUCCUGCCAACCUAGCAGUUCGAAAGCACGUCAAAGUGCAAGUAGAUAAAUAGGUACUGCUCCGGCGGGAAGGUAAACGGCGUUUCCGUGCGCUGCUCUGGUUCGCCAGAAGCAGCUUAGUGAUGCUGGCCACAUGACCUGGAAGCUGUACGCCAGCUCCCUUGGCCAGUAAAGCGAGAUGAGCGCCGCAACCCCAGAGUUGGUCACAACUGGACCUAAUGGUCAGGGGUCCCUUUACCCCUGUACAUACAUAUGGUUAAUUGAACUGGUUAUCAGAAGAGAAGGUUGACUAUUGAGAUUUUUACUCUCACUUGGGAAUCUCAGGGCUAUGGAUUGCUUGAUUAUUCUGCCUUUCGGGCUGCUUCACACAUGCAUUGCUGUUGCUCGAGGUCCACAAUAUUGAGGGUUUGCUUGCAUGUGCAGAUGAGCUGUCACAGACCUAAAGCCACAAACAGAUCUCGUGUCUCAGCCGAUCAUGCAGUUUCCAGGGCAGAAGGUCCACUUGUUUGCCUUCUAUUAACUUACAUGAAUGUGUGCCUUGAUCUUCAAUAACUGUGGCUGAAUCGCACAUGUUAGGCAUCAUCUGACAUUGCAACCAUCAGUGCUAAUGUGGCGUCACCUGAAUGGGCUGGGAAAGGCUGUGUCUGAAACCCCGGAAAACUGCUGCAAGUCAGAACAGACAAUAUUAACCUACAUGGACCCAAAACCAUGACGAGAGCCAGUGUGGUGUAGUGGUUAAGAGCGGUAGUCUUGCAAUCUGGGGAGCUGGAUUCCCGUCUCCGCUCCUCCACAUGCAGCUGCUGGGUGACCUUGGGCUAGUCACACUUCUCUGAAGUCUCUCAGCCUCACUCACCUCACAGAGUGUUUGUUGUGGGGGAGGAAGCUAAAGGAGAAUGUUAGCUGCUUUUAAGACUCCUUAGGGUAGUGAUAAAGCGGGAUAUCAAAUCCAAACUCUUCUUCAUGACUCUGUGUGAGGCAGCUUCUGUGAACUAAUUCCUAGGUUUGCUUGAUGCACCUGCCAUUCAGAAUCAUUUGGAGCAGAAAACGUAUGCAUGAAUUUAAUCAUCUCCUUUUAACCUUCUUUCCCCUCCAUAGGCCCAGCAAAAGAAUCAACGGUAGUUUGGGAAAUGCGUGUUUAAAACCAAAUGAAGACAUUACUGAACAGAUAACAAUAACUCGCCUUUAACCCACUGUGUGGAUUGCUCCAAGGUGCCAAGAAGAAUGUGUGAAUUUCCUCCCCUCCCACUCGGAGCCCAGCCGAUAAAAAUAAUUGGUUUAAAUAUUUUGUUUUUUAAAAAGUGGUUUUAAAAUGAAAAUAAAAAUAAAAAAUCAAUUCUAUUACGUGCCCCUUAAAAUAACUUGGUUUGAAAGAUCUGAAUGUAAUAUGAGCAAAUUAAAAGCAUACACUCAUGUUUAAAAGAACAUCGAUAAUCUUAGGAUGGAUCUGGUUGUCUUCUUACGGAAUAGCUGCAGUGCAAAUUUAGGGUGCAGUUCUAUGCUCACACAUAUAUGGGAGUAAAUCCCUUUGGACUCAAUGUAGGACUUCUAGAAAACAUCAGAAUCAGCAUUGUAUCAAGCCAGACCUGGAGAUGCUGGGGAUUGAUCCUGACACCUUCUGCAUACACAGAAUCAUAGAAUUGUAGAAGGGUCCCACGGGUCAUCUAGUCCAACCCCCUGCAAAGCUGCAAUCUCAGCUACAGCAUUCAUGACAGAGGGCUAUCUAACCUCUCCUUAAAAAUCAUUGCACUCUCUCUUUUUCUUUUUUACAGCUGGUGGAUUAUUAGCUUUAAAUUGUUUUAUUGUUUCAAAAUGCUGUACUUGUAGUGUCCGAUGUUCUCUCCAGCAUGAGAAUUUGCUGGGAUAGAAUGUUUUAGGGUUGUAAAUAAUCUUGUGAAACGAAUAUGUGAAAUAGUUGAGCGUUUCUCUUAUCAGGAGACCUCUGUAGCUUUGCAAGUCUGUGGGAAGUGAUCUGCUGGUCUCAGCUUUAUCCUUGUACUUGAAAGUUCCAGCAUACCUGAGGAAAACAGGUUUGCACGUACGCGUUUGUUUUGUACAGUUUCCAUAGCUAAAUGUCUGAAAAAGCUUUAGCUAUAAUGGGGGAAGACGGCAACUUUCUGAAACCUAAGAAACACAGGCCAUAACUUUUAACUGUUACAUAUUCAAGACACACCAAUAUAACAUGUCUGUCCUGAGAAGUAUUCAGGUACACUCCAGGCAAAAAAAGUUCCUCUAUAACCAAACUUUUGGCUGAUUAAACCAUCAAUGUCCUUCUAAUGGUGUUUGUAGAAGGGGGGGGGGUAUUUGUUUGCUGCUGUUGUUAUGUUAUGUUAUGUAUUUUGUGUUUCUAUUUUGUAUUUUUAUGCUAUAAACCAGCCUAUGAUGUUUGUAUGAAAGGCAGUAUCUGAAUGAAUCAAAUAAUUAAAUGGAUAAUAGUUUGA